UGAAAUUAAAAAAAAAAAGAAAUCAAACUUUCGGCGAAAAAAAGAAAAAGGGUCUUUGCAUUUGCUUAAGCUUUAGGGCAAAAAUCUUAUUCCUUUCCUCACUUUCUCACUCAAAAAACCAAACCAAGAAGAGAAGAAGAGAAAAACAAUGGAGGAGAUAAACCCUAUGGAGCUGCUCCGAUCCAAUCUCUCUCGGGUUCGGAUCCCCGAACCAACCAAUCGUAUAUACAAGCAAGAAUGCUGCCUCUCGUUCGAUUCUCCAAGGUCAGAAGGAGGAUUGUUUAUUGAUAUGAAUACAUUUCUAGCGUUCGGGAAAGGUUAUGUGGUUUGGAACUAUGAGAAGACUGGAAAUCCAGUUUAUUUGCAUAUUAAGCAAACGAAAAAGUUGGUUCCGGAAGAUAGGCCUUCCAAGAAACCUACACUUUUGGCUAUUGGUAUUGAUGGUGGAUUUGACAACAAUGAGCCUGAAUAUGAAGAAACUCACAAUAUAGUCAUUUUGCCUAAUUAUGUAGCUCUUCCUUUUCCAUCUGUGGAGUUGCCAGAGAAGGUAAGGUUGGCAGUUGAUGCUAUUUUAAUGGCUGAGGGUGCUGAGCGGAAAGAACAAGUUGCAGCCUGGACAGCUGAUAAGAAGCAAAUAAGUGCAUAUGCAAUGGAUUUGCGGCAAAUUGGAAGUGUUGUUGUUCCUCCAUCUGGUUGGAAAUGUACUAAGUGUGAUAAAACAGAAAAUCUCUGGUUAAAUCUUACUGAUGGAAUGAUUCUCUGUGGGAGGAGAAAUUGGGAUGGAACUGGUGGCAACAACCAUGCUAUUGAACACUACAAGGAGACUGGCUAUCCUCUUGCUGUAAAGCUUGGGACCAUUACUGCUGAUCUGGAAGCAGCAGACGUUUUCUCUUACCCAGAGGAUGAUAGUGUUGUAGACCCACUUCUAGCACAACAUUUGGCAUAUUUUGGUAUUGAUUUCUCAUCAUUACAAAAGACUGAAAUGACGACUGCUGAAAGGGAGCUUGACCAGAACACCAACUUUGAUUGGAAUAGAAUUCAAGAAAGUGGACAGGAAGUGGAACCAAUAUAUGGACCAGGUUAUACAGGUCUCGUGAAUCUUGGAAACAGCUGCUACAUGGCAGCAACCAUGCAAGUGAUGUUUUCAACACAUUCAUUUUGUAGACAAUACUAUAUGAACCAAAGCUUAAAAAUGGCUUUUGAGACAGCCCCAGCGGAUCCAACGGUAGACCUGAAUAUGCAGUUAACAAAACUGGGACAUGGUUUGCUCUCUGGUAAAUAUUCUGUUCCAGCUUCAGAGAAAGAUGGAACUACUGCACCAGCGAUAACAGAUGCUAAACAGGAAGGGAUCCCCCCUCGAAUGUUCAAAGCAGUUAUUGCGGCCAGCCAUCCUGAGUUUUCUACUAUGAGACAACAGGAUGCCUUGGAAUUCUUCCUUCAUUUUCUUGACCAAGUUGAACGUUCUAAUGCUGUGAAACCUGAACUGGAUCCCUCAAGGAGUUUCAAGUUUGGUGUUGAAGAGCGUAUUUUGUGCUCGUCUGGAAAGGUUGCUUAUAACAAAAGGCUUGACUACAUUCUUUCCUUGAAUAUUCCACUACAUGAAGUUACUAAUAAGGAAGAGCUGGAAGCUUUUCACAAAAUCAAAGCUGAAAAGAUUUCAGAAGGGAAGGAUGUAUCUAGUGAUGAAAUUGUACGUCCAAGGGUACCUCUAGAAGCAUGCUUAGCAAGCUUUGCAGCUCCAGAGGAGAUACCUGAAUUUUAUAGCACUGCAUUGAAGGCUAAGACAACAGCUAUCAAGACUGCUGGUUUAACUUCAUUCCCUGAUUAUUUGGUAUUGCACAUGAGGAAGUUUGUCAUGGAGGCAGGCUGGGUGCCUAAAAAGCUUGAUGUCUACAUAGAUGUUCCUGACAUUAUAGAUAUCAGCCACAUGCGCAGCAAAGGCCUUCAACCUGGAGAGGAACUGUUGCCAGAGUCUGCUCCUGGGAGUGAGGCGGAAUCAAGUCAGCCUGUGGCCAAUGAAGAGAUUGUCGCCCAGCUUGUCUCAAUGGGGUUUAACCAGCUUCAUUGUCAGAAAGCUGCCAUAAAUACUUUAAAUACUGGUGUGGAAGAGGCAAUGAACUGGUUGCUUUCACACAUGGAUGAUCCAGAUAUAGAUGCUCCUAUCUGUCAUGGGGCACAAGGUGCUGGGGCAUCUGUAGACCAAUCAAAAGUUGAUACUUUGAUUUCAUUUGGUUUUCAAGAAGAAAUUGCUCGAAUGGCAUUGAAUGCAUCGGGUGGUGACAUUGAAAAAGCAACAGAUUGGAUAUUUAACAAUCCCAAUGCCUCUGCUUCAUCAGACAUGGAUACUACUACAUCAAGCAGCAGCGUGCCUACUCCAGUUGACGCAGGACUGCCCGAUGGAGGAGGGAGAUAUCGGCUUUUUGGAAUAGUGAGUCACAUCGGAACCUCUACCCAGUGUGGCCACUAUGUUGCUCACAUCCUCAAAGAUGGUAGAUGGGUGAUAUUCAAUGAUAAUAAGGUUGGGGCAUCUAUCAAUCCACCCAAGGACAUGGGCUACUUGUACUUUUUUGAGAGGAUUACCAGCUGAAGUCAGAAGGCAGUAUAGAAUUUCUCUUGGAAAUCUUUAGGCUUCAAUGUCAUUGGCACAUUCAAAGAUUGUAAUCUCUCUAUAUCCCAUCAUUUUGCCUAACACAUUUCAUUUUUUUUUAUCUUUUCAUAAAUAAUUUUGAUUAUUAUUUUUUUGUUUUUUUUCUUACUUUUUAUACACCUAUUUAUUUAUUUUUAUUUAAUUUGCACCAAA